AUGAAAAUAAUAAUUGAUGCCAUAAAUUAUGAAUCAGAUUAGAAUAAUUAUUAAGUAAAGUUAAAAUGUGGACCAACAGUGUUAUAAACAAUUUUAGGAAAUAAUUGGAAUCACAGGUUUGUUUUAGAACAUAAAAAAACAUCAGAAAUUAGAAUUGAAGUUUGGUAGAAACCUAAUGAUGAAUACUAAUUAAUUGGAGAUUCAAUAGUUUAGAGAAUAGAAGGUGCAUAAAGAUUGACAAUAAAAUAGAAUAACAAGGAUUAGGGUUUUAUCAAUGUAUUUUAUAAAGAAAUGAAGGACUCAGUUACAUAAUAAAUUCUUAGUUAAGACUCAUUGAAUGUAAGUAUUAAAUGAAAUUUAGUUAUCAAAAAUAGAAAAAUAAGCAUAAGCUGUAUAGAGAUUGAAUGAUUCAUUAUCAAUGAUUCCUAGUCCACGAUAAGAUUUUGGAUCUGUAGGUGAAUAUUUCACUUAAUAAUUUUAAAAUGAAGAUAUUGUAGGAAAUUCAAAGUAAGUGGCCUCUAAAAUUGUAUAAGAAUCAUUUGAUAAAAUAGUAUAAAAUAUUUAAAUUGCAAAAGAGACACAUCUUUAAGAGGAUGAUGAAUAUGUAGAAAAUGAAAUAGAAAAAAAAAAUAUAGAGAAAGUGUAAAAGUAAUUAAUGAAAAUUGAUUGUAAUAAAUUAGAAAAGAAAAGAAAAUAAAUAAGUUCUGAGAUUUUAUAAUUAGAUGAGAUAGCUUAAUAAUUAAGAAUAGAUUAGAUAGAUUAAAAAUAAUAAAUAUAAAAUUUAAGAUAAGAUUUGUUAUAGAAAUUGCUUUAUCUUGAAGAAUAGAUAGAACAUUUAAAGAAGAAAAUAAGAAAAUAGAAACAUCAUGUUUUUGGAACAAAUCCUAAUUUAGUAAAUAGUGAAAUAGAAAUUAGUUAAAUUAAUUUAUAAAAACAAUUUAUUGAAAAAUGGUAAUAAGAUCCUAGUUUAGAAAAAUAAAGAUAAGAAUUUAUAUCAAAAUAAAUAUAGGAAUGGAAUGAUAUUUAAAUUAAAAGAAAAAAAAGAAUUGAUGAAUAAUUUAAAAAGAUUGAAUAAGAAGAAAAAAUAAUAUAAUAAAAAUAAAAUGAACUUUAAUAGACAACAAAUGCUAAAAAAAGAGAGGAUAUAGAAAAGAAUUUAAAAUAAUUAGAGGAACAAUAAGCAAAACGAAAGGUUGAAUUAGAAGAAGCUAAUAAGAGAUUUGAAAAAAAGAAAAAAGAAAAAUAUCUUGCCUUAAAGUAUGCAGAAUAAGAUGCAACAUAUAUGAUUUAAUUAUAAUAAGAGAGAAAAAAAAUAUUGGCUUAAAAUAAAAAUCCAGAUUUUGAUGCAAAAGAAAUUAAAGAAUUUGAAGAUAAAUUUAAUUAAAUUCAUAUUGAAAAAUAGAAAAAACGUAGAGUAUAAUGGGAAGAAAGAGAAGCUUAAUGGAAUAAAUUUAAAGCUUAAUAUUAUUCAUCUUCAUAUCAAAAAGCUAAAGAAUAAUAUAAAAGAAUUGAAAAUGUAAUUGAAUAAGAAAAAUAGGAAAGAUUAAACAAAUUAUCAUAAUAUAUAUAAGAAGUAAAAUAAAAUCAUAAACCUACUAUAUCUGAAGAACUUUAAGAGAAAUUAAAUUUAAUAAAAAAUACUAUAAAACAUUAAAAUGACUUUAAAAAAUAUUAGUCACUCUCUAAAUUAGUUCAAUCUAAACAUUAAUAUUAUGGUGUUAGUAAAGAGAAAUUAUAAAAAAAUACAAAAAAACAUAAACUUGUACCUUUGACGAAAUUACCAAUUAAAAUAUCUCCAAGAGAAGUUGGAGAUUUUUAUUUAAAAUAAAAUGCCACUUACAAUAUAAAAAAUAUUCCACCAAUAAAAUAAGUUUAGAAAAAUGAUAAUGAACUUAAAGAAUCAGCAACAUCUUUGCCAAAUCCUAAAGUAUUUGAUUAUUUAAAGCACUAAAGGAUAAAGAAAGCUUUAAAAGAAAAAGUAAUAAUAAUAUAUAUACUAUUUAUAGAAUACAACAAAUGAAAAAAAUAUCCUAUAAAAAGAAGAUUAAUAAAUGCUUGAUAACAUUAAUAAAAAGCUUGAAGCUUUAAAAUGA